GCCAUGCCCCAGUCUUGUUGGAUCUGUGGCCACUGGGUCUACUAUUGUUUGUAAUCUAUUGGUGAGGUUAGGUUACUGGCAAAAAACAUUUAGAAUAUUUUUACGUUAAAUUACAUCUGAAACAAUCUGACAUAAUAUAACAACAUUUAAUUAAUUUGGAAAACAGAAUGUUCUAAUAGGUUUUAAAAUUUCAGUAGCAAAAUCAAUAAUGUCUGAGCCUAUGGAUAGUUCUGAUUCUUCUGAAAAACCAAACAUUUCAUCAAAAAAUUGUACAACUGAUGCUACUACAAAAAAGAAACCAUCAUGCAUAAUUGUUCUUGGAAUGGCUGGUUCUGGAAAAACAACAUUUGUUCAAAGACUUGUUUCUGUAUUGUAUAACACAGGAAAGCCAUAUGUAAUAAAUUUGGAUCCUGCAUGCAAAGAGGUUCCUUAUCCUGCAAAUAUAGACAUUAGGGACACUGUCAAUUACAAAGAAGUGAUGAAACAAUACAGUUUAGGUCCAAAUGGUGGUAUUGUCACAGCCUUGAAUCUUUUUUCUACAAAAUUUGAUCAAGUUAUAGAUCUUAUUGACAAAGCAGGUAAAGAGCACGAAUAUGUAAUUUUGGACACACCUGGACAAAUUGAAGUAUUCACAUGGUCAGCAAGUGGAACAAUUAUAACCGAAGCUUUAGCAUCCGAGUUUCCAACGAUCGUGGUGUACGUGUUAGACACCGUGAGAAGCGUUAAUCCCGUCACGUUCAUGUCUAACAUGCUCUAUGCAUGUUCUAUACUCUACAAAACUAAACUACCGUUUAUCAUUGCCAUGAACAAGAUUGAUAUCGUUGAGCACAGUUACGCAGUAGAAUGGAUGCAUGAUUUCGAAGCGUUUCAAGAAGCAUUGGAUUCGGAGACGAGCUACAUCAGUAACUUAACGCGCAGUAUGGCACUGACGCUCGACGAAUUUUACAGUCAUUUACGUAGCUGUGGUGUUUCUGCCGCGACAGGAGCGGGUAUUACUAAGUUCUUUGAACUCGUCAAGGAUGCUGUGGAAGAGUACGAUAAGGAAUAUAAAAGAGAUUGGGAAAAGAUGAAGAUUAAACGGGAUGCUCAGAGACGAAAGACAGAAGCGGAGCAGCUUCAAAAGGCAACUGGACAAGCUGUAGGAGAAAGUGUACCAUUCGUAACAACGCUCAACAGCGGAAGAGAAAUUUCAGAUAUAUAUUUAAAACAUGCUGGUAACGAAUCGAGCGAGGACGAAGAAGGGACUGAAAAUCCCUAUAAAGAAGAAGAGGACGAGGAGGAAAAGAAGGAAGCAGAGUCGUUCAGAAACUUCUUAAACAGGCAUAAAAUGCAGCAAAGUAAACAGAUGGCUAAUCAGUCAGCUACCACUAGCGAUACGUAGUUUCUGUAGAAAUAAUUAUUUUUAUUUUUAUAAAUAAAUUUUCUAAACAAGCGAGUGAUGUAUUUUAUACUACGAGUACAGUGAAUUACUAUUUUAAAUAAUUCUUUCAAGGAUAGUCGAAUGCUAUAAUGAUAUUGAUAAUACAGAAAACUUAAAUCAAUUAGUAUUUUUUGAAAAAUCUGUCCAUUGUACAUAAACGCUCGGAGUGAAUCGCCUGCUGCUUGAAUGAUCAUUUUUCGAAGAAAUUGAUACCGGAUUUCUCGUAAUCCAAUUGGUGUUCUCUUCGUGGUCUUGAUUACUGUACAAGUCAAGACCGAAUACUGAAAUUUGUACAAUUAGUAUUAAUUUAAUCGUCUAGUUAUUUAAGUAUCCUCAUUAUAAUACCUUUCUCUUGGGGGUUUAAAGAGUUUAAGGAAUGUUUGUCUUUAGUCGAAUGGUUAUGCGCUUUUUGAUAUUCCAGCGCUAUCUGUUCUAGGGUUUUCGUUAAUGCCAACUGUGUAAAAGAGUGAAGAAUUUUAGAGGUCGGCGAUUGAAAUAAUUAAAUAAAUUAUCAAUUUCGA